AUGGCAGGGAAAGGUAAAGGCAAGAAGAAAGACAAAAAGGAGAAGAAAGAAAAAGAAGAUGGCGAUAAAAAGAAGGCGAAGAAAGGAAAGGCCAAGAAGGGAAAGUCCAAAAGCCGCUGCAACAUUGACAUGCUGACCGAAGCCGCCAUGGACAAUGUUUACUACGCCUGCCAUAAUGUACAGGAGCUACUGCAGGCGAGGGGCUUCCAUCCCCCUGACUAUAACAAGAAGAAGAAGAAAGGAAAGAGAUAGA